AUGCAAAAAUCUUAAAAAGUUGAAACUGAUGGUUAAAUGUAAAAUGAAAAAGAGUUAGAAUCAUAAAAAUAUAAGUUAGAACCUUAAGAGGAGUUUAUUUAUGAAAAUGAUUUCACUAAAACUUCAUUAGAUAUUGAAAUAAAAGGCAUAGUACAAAAUUAAGAAUAUGAAACGAAUUUAAUAAAUUUCAUUUAAAGACACAAGAGUUUAACUUAUUUUAGAUUAAAUUUACCGUCCUUUAAAUAGCUAGAUAAACUCACUGAAGCUCUUACAGAAAGUCCCCAUCUUGAAACUGUAUAAAUUAAGCUUGAUUAAAAUAACAUGUUUUCUUUGAUCGAUGAAUUAAUUAUCAAGAAUACUUGCUUAAACUACCAUAACUUAAAAAAAUUGGACCUUUCUAUGAUAUUUUAUAUGGAAACAAUAACUCAAAUGAAUUUUCUUGCUUACUUUCUUUAAAAUUUUAAGAAUUUUGAAGACUUAAAUCUUUCAAUAAGGUAAAUUAAUUUUAUUUGCAAAUUGUGUGAAAAAAUUUAUAAUUUAAGCAUAAAACAAAUACUUAUGCAUCUUUAAUUGUAUUUAAUUUUUUCUAAACAAAAUUAGAUGUGA